CGUCAUCACGUACAAAUACGGAAGCAGAAAGAAAACUUUACUGUCUGACUUUCACUGCGUCUGUCCAGAGGGGAGUCGGAGCUUUCUGCUUAUAGAGUUCAUUUUUAAGCUUUGUCAGGAUGGUGGUGCUUUCAAAGGAGUAUGGAUAUGUGGUGCUGACAGGGUUUGCCAGUAUGAUCAUGGUGGGACACCUGGCCGUUAAUGUUGGGAAAGCCCGAAAGAAGUACAAAGUGAACUACCCUCAGAUGUACAGCGAUGACCCCGAGAACGGACAUAUCUUCAACUGCAUCCAGCGUGCCCACCAGAACACACUGGAAUUGUACCCCGCCUUCCUUUUCUGUCUGGCUGUUGGUGGUUUGUACUGCCCCCGUCUAGUUAGUGGACUUGGAGUCGUGUGGAUCGUCGGCAGGGAGGUGUACGCACACGGCUACUACACCGGAGAUCCCAAAAAGAGAAUCAGGGGAGGAUUUGGCAAUCUGGCCUUGAUUGGGAUGAUGCUGACUACCUUCAACUUUGGUCGCCAUCUGCUGGGCUGGUCCGGACCCCAGUUUGGACCCUUCCGCCACUGAAGAGGAGGAAGAUUUCAGCAUUGCCUUAGCUCAAUCUUUAUUAGUCUAAUCAUAGCGAGUAAACACUAAGUAAAAGAAGCUGUUCCUUGACUGGUGGAACAGGUUGAGUUCAUGUUGAAAAGUGAUCUGACUGGUUUUCCUGCAAACAGCAACAAAACGUUAAAUCCUUUUGUGGUGCACUGACCAAUCAGUGUUCUCAUUUCAGUCAGCUGACUUUAUCUUUUUGGUAUUUUCAGAUUGUAAUCCUGUGGCUUCAGAACUCUUGAUAUUGGUGCAUUUUUGCUAAAAAAAUAAUCAAAUGUUUGUGACAUAACGCCUCAAUUUGUUGCUUUAACCAAGAUGAAAAAUAAAGAUUUUUUUACCUUACU